AUGGGUUUGAUUACUUCGAGGGAUCAGACAAUGUUAGACGGACCGGUCGGAACUACCAAGAAUCACCAUGUCCGGCAGCCGUCCACCAGAAAUCGAACCAAGCCCCCGAUGCCGGACAGAGAUGAAUUAGAGAGUCGAUUCAUCAAAGUUCUGGAUGAGUAUUCAGCGAGCUGCAUCUUAGAAUGUGUUCUGUUUAACAAUGAGCUGAGUCGAUGGUUGCUCGUCACAGUUGGACGGCUGCCAUUAUUGUUCCAUCACUUGGUUCACUUCAACACUUUGUCUUGGUGA